GCUGUUUCAAGAUCCUCAGAUCACUGUUCCCACACUGUUUCAUUGCAUGCCAUCGUAUGUAACGUUAUGUUUGGACAGCUCACGGAAACUUAAUGGAGUUUGAGCAUAGUCUGACUCUGAUGUAGUUGUAGCCUAUCAUAAAUGAAGACUUCAGUGAAUGUCACCAAGGAUUAAACUCUGAAAGGUAACAAUGGCAGCUGAAAUGUUAUUGAUGAGGGGAAUCAACAGGUUCAGAAAAGUUACACUCGGAGGUCAAAAACGAGUCCGUUUUAACACGCCUCACCUUAAAGAACAGGUAAGCCACCGAAAUGCCUCCAGGUUUAGUGGCGUUGUUGAAUGUGCCAGAGGUCGUGACAGGUAUUUGGGGAGAUCUGGACACAGGCUAUUUGGAGAGAUUCGUCCAGCUCAACAGCACGUCUAUGGACAGAUCUGUUUAUUCCAUCAAGAUCACAGAUAUUACAGUGGACUGAAAAGAGAAGGCGUCGACACAACCAAAGAUGCCAAAACACCUGAUUCCAGAAAACAUAAGCAAAUGUUAAGUGAGAGUUCCAGAGAGAGAAAAGUGCCGGUCACGAGACUGGGAAGGCUGGUGAACUUUGGAGGUUUAGCAGUUGGACUGGGCAUUGGAGCCAUUGCUGAAGUGGCAAAGAAGAGUCUUGCAUCUGGAGGUAUAUCAGGACAGAAAAAAGCAAUCCUGGACUCAAACCCGUUCAUAUCAGAAGCCAAUGCUGAAAGGAUUGUUCGGACUCUCUGCAAAGUGAGAGGAGCCGCACUUAAACUAGGACAGAUGCUCAGCAUUCAGGACGAUGCUUUCAUCAACCCUCAGCUUGCAAAGAUCUUUGACCGUGUUCGACAGAGCGCCGACUUCAUGCCCACCAAGCAAAUGAUGAAAACGGUGGUCAGUGAUCUGGGUCCGAACUGGCAGGAUAAACUAGAGUACUUUGAGGAGCGUCCGUUCGCAGCGGCCUCCAUCGGUCAGGUUCACCUGGCCAGAAUGAAGGACGGCAGAGAAGUGGCCAUGAAAAUCCAGUAUCCAGGAGUGGCCAAAAGUAUAAACAGCGACGUGAACAACCUAAUGACACUCCUCAGUAUCAGCAAUGCUUUACCUGAAGGUUUGUUUCCUGAGCAUCUCAUAGAGGUCAUGAGCAGGGAAUUGGCUUUGGAGUGUGAUUAUGUACGGGAAGCCAAAUGUGCCAAGAAAUUCCAGGAGUUACUGAAGGGCCAUCCUUAUUUCUACGUGCCAAAUGUUGUGGACGAACUGAGCAGCCAGCACGUCCUCACCACGGAGCUGGUGUCCGGUUUCCCUUUGGAUAAAGCCGAUGACCUGCCACAGGAACUCAAGAACGAGAUCUGUGAGCAGAUUCUGACUCUGUGUUUGCGUGAACUCUUUGAGUUUCGAUACAUGCAGACGGAUCCCAACUGGUCCAAUUUCUUCUUUGACCCACAAACACACAAGGUUGCUCUGUUAGACUUUGGAGCCACUAGAGGUUUUGAUGCGAGCUUCACUGACGUCUAUAUUGAGAUUAUCAAGGCUGCUGCAGACAGGAACAGAGAGGGAGUUUUAAGACGGUCGAUUGAUAUGAACUUUCUGACCGGAUACGAGUCAAAGGCGAUGAAGGACGCCCAUGUGGAUGCGGUGAUGAUCCUCGGGGAAGCAUUCGCAUCAGACGAGCCGUUUGACUUCGGUUCCCAGAGCACAACGGAGCGGAUCCACAGUCUGAUUCCUGUGAUGCUGAAGGAGCGUCUGACUCCUCCGCCGGAGGAAACCUACUCUCUGCACCGCAAGAUGGGCGGCUCCUUCCUCAUCUGCUCCCGCUUGAAGGCCAAGAUCAGCUGCAAGAACAUGUUCCACGAGGCCUACGCUAAAUACUGGACAGAUCGGCAAAAGGAAACUGCAAAAUGAACCAGUGGGCAUAUCAUUGUGUGUGUACCAGACAAAAAUGGAUUUGAAAAGUAUUAAAUGCAUUAUGCUAGAA